AUGGGCAUCUGUUUAGACACAGAACAAAACAAUGAAGAAUUGGAGACGACGGAGCGCAGCCGCCGCAGCAGCACUUGGCGUUCCUCCCCCACGGGAGCUCCCUUCCCUAUGCAAAACUCUAGCCACGUCAAAUUCGAGCCACCUAAUGUGCCUGUUAUUUUCGUCCUGGAUGGUUAUGCUCUAGGAGGCCCCGGGAGCGGCAAGGUGACACAUUGCGACAAUUUGAUGCAAGAGCGUCGCGGCCUGGUGCAUAUCAACAUGACCGAUCUUCUUCAGCAGUAUGCUAUAGGAAAUGAUAUGCAAGACUUCGGCACUCUAUCUAGUAAGACGGUAACUGAAGUCCUCAUGUUGGAGAUGAAGAUGGCACCAACAGCGAAGAGUUACCUGGUCUCUGGUUAUCCACGGUCUAUGAGGGAUGUUGCCGAGUACUCCGAUAAGAUCCAAACAGUCAGCGGGGUUAUUCUGGUCAGCUGGCGGCAGCGAGUUCUCGAACGACAGAUCGAGUAUGGCGCGAGACUUGGCCACGUGGUGCUUGGCUUGGCUCGAAUGGAACUCAACAACUUCUAUAAGAAUGUGAUGCCUGUCGCUGAUUACUUUGACCAAAGCAACAUGCUUUUAGCGGUAAAUGGCGAAAGGAAUCCUGAGGAAGUUUACAAGGAUUUUCGCUCUGCCGUCUUACAGAUACUGUCAUCUUUUGAAGAGCAUGGCAUAAAUGGAGUGGGCGCAGCUGGUAUACCAGGCGAAAUCGUCGGCUUAGAGCCAGCACCAGUCAGGAAUCGAACGGCCACCCUCCAAACCCACGACAUAGAAGUCGACGAUACAUCAGCAGUGUCAAGUCGGCCCACGCCAUUUGUGCCAGGCCAAACCACGCCAAGUUCCCAAGCCAUGCCAACAGUUCAUGCUAUGCCAAGUUCGAUAGCCAUGCCGAUGCCUUCGCAACCGGUGCCAAAAGUGCUCCCAGUUAACGGCAUAGGACAUGUCAAUCCAAAGCCCGAAGUUAUAAAAGUGCGUGGCGCAGCGACAGUGACGCCAACGCUGUGGGUCGUGGGGGGCCCGGGCAGCAAUAAGGCUGCGCUGUGCGAACGGGCGGUGUCGCAGCGGCAGGGUUGGACGCACUUUAGCUUGGGCCAACGUCUCCGCGCUCUUGCCGAUGCGGGAGGUGGUCCAGCAUCAGACGGAGCGUUAUCGCGCGCUGCAGUGAGCGGUGGAGAACUGGCACCGACGGAACUGGUCACGAAGCUUGUCAGGACAGCAGCAACGGACGCGGCGAAGACCGGAAAUGGACUUCUUCUUGAUGGAUUCCCUAGAGACCUGGAACAGAUGGAAUGGUAUCACAAAGAGUUCCUGGUUGAACCCCGAAUGGUACUACUGGACUGUUCCAAGUUGCAAUUAGGAAGAGGGAGGCGGGACGAUUCUGUGGCGGCAUUUAGACGACGGCUAGAAGUGUUUAGAGAAUUGAGUCUACCGAUGUUGAAGAACUUGGAUCAGCAACAUCGGCUAGUUAUUGUGGAUGGCGACACGGACUCCGAAGAGGUUAAGGCCGAGUUCACUAGAGUUCUUCUAGAAGAGAUGGAGAAGGCUGAUGCCAUUGCGAAAAUGCCACAAACGGAGCAACUGCAAACUGUUCCUAAUAAUACAAUGUCCCAAUUCACUCACGCGAUGUCCAGAAUGGGGGCAGGCUACGCCAACGGUGGCCCUCAAAAUGGGAACCUCCACAAUGGCGUGCCCAAUGGAAACGUAGGAAAUGGAUUUAUCAGCAUCCCAAACAAUAAGGUAAAACCUAUAAUGAACAACAUGACGCGGAUACCGUCUGUAUCACAGAUCACACAAGAUGACGUUCGGCGUCUUUACGAGCAGAGCACUGUAGACAUACCUAUGAAUACACACAUAUAG